AUCUUUAUAUCAUACAUCUCUGUCUCUCUCUCGAACCUCAAUUUCUCCCAAACCCUAAUUUCCGAAAAUUCCCCCAAAUCCUCGUAUAUUGUAGCCUUUGUUCUCCGAAUCCCCGAUUCUACUAUGGAGCACAACAACGACAACAACAAGAUGUACAACAUGUUCGUGAAGCACUUGGACGGGAAAACCCUAACCCUAUUAUUCCCAUCUCCGAUCGCAUACGCGAAUUCCAUAAAGGAUCGCCUAUUCGAACUCACCGGAAUCCCGACGCAACACCAGCGUCUGGUGACGGGGUGUCGGCACCUGAACGACGAGAAAUCGGCGAUAUGGUGCUCGCCGGAAGGCGGGAACAUGUUCCCGUCGGUGCGGCUACUGCUGCGGCUGAAAGGAGGGAAGGGAGGGUUCGGAUCGCUUCUGCGUGGGGCGGCGACGAAGGCUGGGCAGAAGAAGACGAACAAUUUCGAUGCUUGCAGGGAUAUGAGUGGGCGAAGGCUGAGACACGUGAACGCUGAGAAGAGGUUGGAGGAGUGGAAGGCUGGGGAAGAGGAGAGGAAGUUGGAGAAAGUGGCAGAGGAGUUUCUGAAGAAGCAAAUGAAAAAGAAGGGUAAGAAGGGUGUGAAUGAUGCUGAGACCCACAAGUACGUUGCUAAAUAUAGGGAGGAUUCUGAACGCUGCGUUGCAGAGGUUGCCUUGUCCGUCAAGGAGGCUCUCAAUUGUAAGCGGAAACUUUCAGAAGCUUCCCCUCCCCAAGAUGCCAAGAAGAUGAAGAUAUGGAUGGGGAAGAGAAAAUUGACUGGAAGUGAUAGUGAUGAUUCCGAUGAGGAGGUGGAAAAUGAGAAAUCCAUUUUAUUGAGUGCUCAGAAUGAGUCAGAUUCAAAUAAGGCCGAAGACAGUUCAGGUUCAGUAACUGGUAGGAAACAGGAUGGAGACUCUUCUGGUGCAGGAUCGUGUGAAAGUGGAUCUGAAGAAGAUAAAGAAACUGUUGAACCUCAGGGUAAUGAAACUAUUCAGGCCAUACUGAGUGUUGCUGCUGAACCUGUGAUAAAUUGUGAGAUGAUUGAGGCUGCUCCUAUGCCUUGUUCUGAGUCUCUAGUUUCUGGAUUCACGGAUUGCAACGAAGCUGUAUCUGACAAGUUUGAUGGAAGUGUUAGUCAAGCCUCAAAUGUUAUGAGCUCUGAAACUGUGGUUGGUGCAAGCCAAUCUAAUGAUAUGGAAAUUGAUGGAUGUCUGGAGCAAAAAGUAGCAGUCCAUGAAGAAAGCUCGCCAAGCACUAGUGUUCCAGCAUUUGAGGAGCCUCUGAAUUUUGAUGUUUUUAAUUCAGCUGCAGAACUUGAGGUUCUUGGCUUGGAAAAGUUGAAAUCCGAACUGCAGUCGCGUGGGUUAAAAUGUGGAGGUACUUUGCAGGAGCGUGCUGCCAGGCUUUUUCUUUUAAAAUCCACUCCUCUGGAUAAACUUCCAAAGAAGCUGCUAGCCAAGAAAUGAUUUUGUAACUAUUUCUACGUUUUUGUUUAGCAGUCAAUUGUAUCUUGACCUGGGGAAGAGACUAAUGUUUGCUUUUUCUGCGUUUUAUUGCUGAUUGCGGGCUGUAUUUGAUGUAAUAAUACCAUUAACAACAGCAAAGGAAGCGGAUCAUUACCCAAGUCUCAUGCAUUAUGAACAAUUUCAAUUUUCUUUUUAGAUUGUAAAUGAGUAUUAUAUUAUAAUGAGCUUUUCACUUGGUAUCAUCAAUGGCUGCGUG